AGUGUAAGCAGAGUGUAAAUGUAAAGAUGGACUAUUUAUACAUAAGUCGCGUUCAACUCCAGUUGGCUCAUUUAAUGAAACAGUAAUUACACCGACUGUACGCAAACACACGAAGAUAGCCUCGGCAUGCAAUUACGGAUUUUCCAGUUUUUCCUACAUCGUCUGGAAGGAGAAGAUAUUCCAAUCACAUUUUAUAUUUUUUCUUUAUUGUGUUCGUUAGCCUAAGAAGCACUGCGUGUCGCAACUAACCAGUUGAACGAUACAACUCGACUCGAAUGAUCGCCUCGAUUCUCAUCAGUAGUUGGCUACCGCAUCAUACAUAUCUUCAGUGAGAAAUUACAAACACAUUUCAAGACGUUUCGAUAAAGAACUGGUUAGUGUUGAGAUUCAAUAAGACGGUUAUAUAAUUCUGAAGAUUAAUACUCAUUCGGAGCCGGUUAUUGUGACGUUGAAUUCCGCUGUGAGCCAUAAGGAAAAGCUUCAGAAUGAUUCAUCAGAAGUGUUUUUAGAAAGCAUUGGAAAUAAAUGUAAAUAACAAGUAAAUUUAGAAAAAAAAGUAUAAAAAUUAACACGUAACUGGAAGUAUAUUCUAACAAUUAAUAAGAAAAUGUAAAAUAUUCUGAGAAGAACGCGAAUAAUAAAUAAUACUUAUAUAUCUACGAAACAAUAUUUACUGUCGCUGUAUUGAGAUUGGCAAUAAGAAAAUGUAAUAAAGUAAAAUAAUAAUGAUUGUGGACAAUUACGUGUGAAAAUCGCAGUGAUUCUAAUCACAAUUUGAAGUCUGCUAAAUAAAGCAGUGAUUAUAGCCAUUACAACCGGUUCCACGCAAUACUGAUAGCAAUGUGCAAAAAUUAAACACCUUCAUAGAACAUAUAUCUUAUUUAUUUUGUUAGAUAAAAAUUUUAUAACAAUUUUAAAAAAUGGCUAAAAUUUAUAUCUCGACGGCAUUGUUGUUAUACUUACUUUAUUUAACGAUACAAGAUACAACAGUUUCUCAACAACAAACUACUUGUUUGAAAUAUCUCAUAAAUAUGACCGAACUUGGGACAACUAACUUGUUAGAACUAAUCAAAAUACCAUCUCCUUCAGUAAAUGAUGAAUACUACUUGAAAGUAGCUUUGAAUACUAACAAUGAAGUAAAGAAACAUAAUUCGUUUGGAACAGAAGAUGACUUUCAAUUGAAAUUGGCACGGACAUUAUAUGACACUAUUCGAGCUGUUCGUCAGGGUAAACCUUUGUUAUAUCGUAUUUAUUAUCCCUCACACAAACCGAUUCCGACAGUGUCUGCGAUAUGGUUUAAUGAUGAACAAAUCUGUCUGGAUUUGGAUUCAAACGGAAAUAUCAAUGCUACUAUCGAAUUGGGGCAUAUUGUGUACCCACCAAGCAGAAAUUAUUGGAUGUGGUUUCGAAAUUCGAGCAAUUAUCGUAUAGACAAUCCAAUUCAAAACCGUUUAAGUUACUCGAGCCACUCUAAACCCACUACCGCCACUCCUUUUGUUGAAUUUGCCAACAACGAAUGCGGUAUCACCAACUAUUACACCGACAGUGCAAAUCGCUUGUAUCCUAACGGCCAGGAAAUAUUUCCUGGUCAAUGGCCAUGGGUGGUAGCACUCUUUAAGAGGUCAUCUUUUCUAUGUCCUGGUUCCCUUUUAACCACCACACAUGUUAUAACAGCGGCGCAUUGCUUGAAAAAUAUUAUUUUUAACGAAACUAUAAAUCCUAAUGAUUUAAUCGUGGCCCUGGGAAUACUUAAUUUAUCUAACCAGAAAAAAGGAAAUCGCAUAAAUAGGGAAGUUGCAAACUAUACGAUUCAUCCCGACUAUGCAUCCCGACAACGGGACUUCUCUGCUGAUUCCGAUCUGGCGAUUGUAAUUCUGACCAUGCCAGUCGAGUACAGUCCUUUCAUUAAGCCUAUUUGUCUUUGGUCCACGUCGACCAAACUUCAAAACAUCUUUAAUAAUAGUGGAUAUUUUGUGGGAUGGAGCCGAACAUGUUGUGAGGUUGAUCUUUCGGACAUCGAUUAUCCACGGAUGGCAAGGGUGUCGAUAGUGAGUCAGGAGACUUGUCUUCAGAGUAAUAACGACUAUUCCCGUUUAAUAUCAAAUCGCACCUUUUGUGCCAAAGGAGACGAAGACUUCUUAUGCAGUAAUCCUAGUGGCAGCGGCGGCGGACUAGUCAUUUUUGAUGAUACAACGAACCGUUACUAUUUACGUGGAAUCAGUGCGCGAGGUAGUUGCAAUUCCAAGGAUUAUGUCAUUUACGUUGACGUAGCCAAAUACAUACCCUGGAUUCAACAACAGAUUUCAUAUAAUACCAGUCUCUCUUCGUCAAAUGCAGAUAUGGUAGUCGAGCCUUUAUGAUUAUAUAAAGCUGCAACAUUUAUACCCGAGAAGAUUAACAUACAAUUUUACUUUUACUUUUUAUCUUUAAUUACUCAUGCUAAUUAUUUUUAUAAUAAAUUUAUUUCUCGACAUUAAAACAAGAUAAAUAAGUAAAUACAAAUGUAUU